AUGAUUGAGAUCGGAUGGAAAGUUAUGGAUCACAGCGACGGUAACCCAUUUGACGGUCCGGGAAAGACGUUAGCGCACGCAUUCUUCCCACAGUUCGGUGGAACCACUCAUUUCGAUGAUCACGAGCAGUGGUCCAUCGAUGGUAAACGCGGGGUCGACCUCUUGAGUGUGGCCGUCCACGAGUUCGGCCACGCCUUAGGUUUGGGUCAUUCGGAUAAUAAAGACUCGCUUAUUGUGGCCGUCCACGAGUUCGGCCACGCCUUAGGUUUGGGUCAUUCGGAUAAUAAAGACUCGCUUAUGUAUCCAACAUAUGCGGGCAAACGGACGCAACUGAGAACAGAUGACAUCAAUGGCAUUGAAAUGCUUUACGGGAAACGACAAGAAAGAGACACAACAUAUUUAGAUACCAAUGAAAACAGGAAACCGAGUGUCAAGUCCGGUGCGCCCGACCUGUGCUCUGACUUCAGAUUAGAUGCGGCCGAUUGUAAUUCAAUGGACGAGUGUUUCUUCUUUAGAGACGAUUACAUUUGGAGAAUCAGUGACGACACGGGUAUAUAUCCCGGUUAUCCCAAACGCAUAUCCGAUAUAUUUCCCGGCAUUACCGGUAAAGUGGAUGCAGUGGUGACGGACCAGAAUAGUGGCCGCACUUAUAUUUUUAAGAAAAAGAAAGUUUGGGUUUUUAAGGAACCGAUGACGACAGCGAUCAGAGCUGAGGAUACAAUUGACAAUUUGAUCCGAGGCUUAGAGACAACACAUUUAGAUGCGGCCACUCGUUGGGGCUUCAAUGGCAAAAUAUAUUUGUUUAAAAGUGAAAAGUACUGGCGAUAUGAACCGGAAAGAGUGAAUUAUCCCAUAAACAGACGCUAUCCCUCAUCGAUUCAGACGUGGAGAGGACUUCCCGGUUCUGUAGACGCGGCAAUGUUUUGGCCUAAAACUGGUAAAACCUACUUCUUUAAGGGCUCACAGUAUUAUAGAUUCAAUGAUAUCUCAAGUUCUGUGGAUCAGGCAAACCCUGCCUUUCCAAGAGAUGCCUCCAAGUGGUGGCUUAAAUGCAAAGUCGGAGCACUCAAAUCAAAUGAUAUCGUUGAUGACAAUUGUGGUCAUAAAAAGUGUCAAAAUAUCAACGAAUCAAACGAUCCGAGUGGACACGGAUUCUUCACAUCGGUCUCGAGAUCAGUUGUCAACAGAUUUCUCAAUUUAUUUGCUUAACCAUUUGAUAAUCAAACCGUUUAAUCAAUAAUAAAC